CAUUUCAGGUUUUCAGCCAAAAAUACAAUCGCUCUCUUCUUCUCUCUGUACAACUAGGGUUGCAAAAAAUGGCACUGGCAGGGCGUCUGAGAUCGAGCGUUCCUCUCCUCCACAAGAUCCUGAGAUCUGAUUCUGUCUUCACCCAGAGAUCAAUCGUUGAAAGGUCUCCCAUUUGCUCUGGGAUCAUCAAUGCUGAGUUCUCAAGGAAUUAUGCUACUGCUGCUCCACCCACUCUACCUAAAGAGCAAAGAGUUCCGCUACCUUUGACUCUGUUUGGGGUUCCUGGGAAAUACGCUUCAGCUUUAUAUGUUGCAGCUGUUAAGGCUAAUAUUUUGGAAACGAUUGAGUCUGAACUAUCUGAUCUUGUGGUGGCUUGUAAGAAAAGCACCACAUUCUAUCAGUUCAUGAAAGAUUUUUCAGUCCCUGCUGAUGUAAGACAAAAGGCAAUAGAGAAAAUUACUUCUGAGGCAAAGAUUUCUGAUAUUCUGAAGAACUUCUUACUUCUUUUGGCACAAAAUGGAAGGCUACGUCAUCUUGAACUUGUAGCAGAAAGUUUUGCUGAAUUAAUGAUGGCACAUAAAGGUGUUGUGAAAGCCGUCGUCACAACUGUCAUUGCUCUUCCUCCUCAAGAGGAGAAGGAACUUAAGGAGACAUUGCAAGAUAUACUUGGAUCGACAAAUGUUAUUCUGGAACAGAAGAUUGAUCCUAGCAUUCUUGGUGGUAUUACUGUGGAAUUUGGAAUGAAGUUAUUUGACAUGUCCAUCAAGACUAGGGCUAAAGAGAUGGAGAGGUUCCUCCGAGAACCCGUUAACUUCGAAUCUUUUAAGUAGAGGAGUAGUGUGUAUACACACUUUCUUGAACCAAUGAUAUUAUUAUUAUUUUUUUUCUGGCUCAAGUUCUCGACGUCAAAACCUUACAGAAGAAUGUUUACUUUUAGUUGCCUGUAAGUUGCACUCUCCUCAUUGUGCUUCCUAACAAUAAAAAAAUCCCCCCAUGUUUUGGGUAAAUUUGUACCAACUUGAUGAGCUUGGAUAUUUUCAUGUAUUUUCUCUGUUUCUGCAUAAUCUUUUGAGAAUAUUAAUGAGAAACAAAGAUUUCAAAGUUUGAUGAUAAA